GACCAGGCAGAGAGCUGUCCAAGACGACAGUCAGAUGUCGGAGCGCCGGGAAACCAAGAAAGAAAACAGGUGGCCAGAGCAGAGCCCGGUGCGGUGGGGUUUUCCUCAUCUUGGCAACCCGAUGCGACUCCUGGCCAUAACCAUCCUGUUCUUCAUGCUGCUGGACCCAGUGUUCCUCCAGACUCUGGAGCAGCAGGAUAUUCCAACUGCAGAAAGUCCCCGUCUAAAUAUGAAGUUUGAUUUGAGAAUGAAACUGAGUUACUGCGAAGAAAACACUACCUACCUUGAAUGUGUGAUGAUUCACAAGGAGAAUGGACCAAUCACUAUAAUACCCCAGGAGAAAGAAUGUCACUGCGAGUUUUCGGAUUAUUCUCUCCAUGAUGGAGUCACGCUUAUGGUUAAAGUAAAUAGCACCCAAAGACCGAUUCCAGAAACACUGGUCUACGCUAACUCAGGUGGGAAUGACACAGCUGCCCAGAAUUUCUCCUGCUUUAUCUACAAUGCAAACUUCAUGAACUGCAGUUGGGCAAAGGGUCAGGCUGCCCCUGAUGAUGUCCAAUAUUUUUUGUAUAUAAGAGACUCGAGGAAAAGAAGGGAAAGAGAGUGUCCUCAUUACAUAGAAGACUCGGGAACCCAUGUGGGAUGUUACCUGGACGACCUCUCGGGAUUAACUAGCUACAAUUACUUCCUGGUGAACGGUACCAGCCAAAGGACGGGGAUCCAGUUCUUUGAUUCGGUUCUGUCGUGGAAGAAAAUCGAAAUAUAUAGCCCACCUAACAAUAUCAGCGUGCUCUGCAACAAGUCCCACUGCCUGAUCUGUUGGGAAAAGCCCAAGACCCGAAAUAGGCUGUCCUACAUGGAGUUCAAAUACCAGCUGGACAUCCAGAGAAAGAGCAAUAAGGAAAACAGCGAGAAUCAACUGAUUGAGGUGCCUGGUAAUUUGGAGAAUAGCUACAACUUUCCAAGUCCGGAGCCCAGACCCAAGCAUACUGUGAAAAUAAGGACCUCGGACGCACGGAUCCAGAAGUGGGGUGCCUGGAGCCAGCCCAUUGAGUUUGGCUCCGAGGAAACCUCGCCCAGCCUCGUGCCCAUCUACGCGCUGGUGGUCCUGGGGACCCUCAUCACGGUCCUGACCCUCGGCUGCCUUUUGAAAAGGUUCCUCGCAUCCCAGACUUUAUUCCCACCGAUUCCGCGCAUCAAAGACAAGUGGACGGAUAGCCAUCGGCCUGACCACCAGGUCAUCUGGGAGAACUUCACCUUGGACACGGAAAAGGGUGACAACGAGGAGAUCCUAACAGUGCAAGAAGUCUCAGUGGCCCCGGCGAGCAUGGAAGCUGCAUAGACGCUUCCGGCCUGGAACAUUCUGGAAGCUGCUUUUUUUUAAAAUUAUUAUUAUUGUUGUUUUGAGCAUUUAUUUAUACAGCUUUUUUUUUUUAAUUUUUUUACUUGAAAAGAAUGUGAUUUUUUGCAAAGAUGGCUGUCGUCGGAGGGCUCACUGAACGCGCUGGGAUCCGACGCCGUGAUGCCCCUGCUUCUCUCCCGGGAACAGAGAGCUCUUCCUUGUUUUACAGUGGCUCAGAUACCCUCCUGGCAACAGCCAGCAGGGCUGAGACGUGGGUCUCUGGCCUGUCUGUGGUCCCCAUGGGAGCACUGCCCUCCUCUGUUUCUCCACUAGCUGCAGCUCAGCCCCAUGUGGGGACCAUCUGAGGGUCCCGAAUAGUUAUCUCCCCCGCAAAGUCCCAUUUGCCACCUAACAUGACACAUUCCAAGGCUCUCGGAAUCAGGGUGUGGACAUCUUUGGGGACAUUGUUCCUUCCACCACGUGGGGAUCGGAUGUGGACAUGUUUGGGGACAUUGUUCUGGGGAUCGGGAUGUGGACGUCUUUGGGACAUGGUUCCGUCCACCAUGUGGGGAUCGGGACGUGGACGUCUUUGGGGACAUGAUUCCGUCCACCACUUGAACACUGGGAUAUGGACAUCUUUGGGGACAUUGUUCCUUCCACCACGUGGGGAUCGGAUGUGGACAUGUUUGGGGACAUUGUUCUGGGGAUCGGGAUGUGGACGUCUUUGGGACAUGGUUCCGUCCACCAUGUGGGGAUCGGGAUGUGGACGUCUUUGGGGACACAGUUCCAUCCACCAGACAUGGAUCAGGACGUGGACACCUUCGUCUGCAGGCAUGGGCGGGGAUGGGAGGGGACUUCUCUCGAGGAUCCCGAGACCAACUCUGCACCUUGACUUCUGAGACACGUGAAUAUGAAACCCCGCAGGCCACCCGCCCGCCCAGCCACAUGAAGGUAAGAAGGAGGGAAGGGUCUCAUACAGGUCUUGCAGAGACAAGAAGCCAGUCCCACGCAGGGAGUGAACGUGGCCGUGAAGGGCCACAAGCGCAUAUGCAGCGGGGUCCUGUGGAAAGUCUUAGAAGCCAAGGAGAGUGUCCUGCGAAAACCGCAGCUCACGUGGUGUUGUGUUUGUUGAUGAGGACCAAGCUUACAGGGAGGGCAGAUGUGUCUGGAAAUAUGGAUACAUACAGAUACAGAGACAGGUAUAUCCGUAUAGAAAGAUACAUGCAGAAGAGAGGAAACAAUGUAUGUGGAUGGAUACACAGAGGGAGAGACAGAUACAUAUUUGGAGAAAAAUGGGUGGACAUACAUACAAAAAAUACACAUGAAUAGGAUAGAUGGGAAGGAAGUGGCUCAUACGAUGGUGGGGCUGGUCCGUGUGACACCUGUAGGGCAGGUGGGUGACCUGGAGAUGCAGGCGGCAGGUGAUAGGUAGUACACACCUGAGGCAGAAUUACUUCUCUGAGAAAGAGUGCUGUUUGCUUUUAAAACCGUCACCUGAUUGGACGAGGCCCACCACCGUUGAAGUAGACUCUGUUAAAUGUAGUGGCUUGUGGAUUUUUUUCUUUUUCUUUCUCUUUUCUUCUUUUGUUUCCUUUUUUUCUUUUUUUGCUAGUGGAUUUUUUGUCCCACCUGCAAAACAGCUCUAGGCAAGUGUCUGAUUGCAUAACAGGGGGCUUGUCCCCUGUCUGUGUGAACACACAAACGGAU